AUGGCUGUGGUAUCUCUGUUGUCCCCAGGCUCAGCCGGCUUUGCAUCCCUGCGGCUGGUGGGCGGAGGGAGCCGGUGCGACGGACGAGUGGAGAUCUUCCAGCAUGGGAUGUGGGGCAGAGUUCUGGAUGAUGAGUGGGACAUGCAGGAGGCCAGUGUGCAACUGGGCUUUCUACCCACUACAGGGAGCCGGCGGGUCCGGCUGGUGAACGACGGGCGCUGUGCUGGGAGAGUGGAGCUGUACUACCAGGGCACCUGGGGGACUGUGUGUGACGAUGGCUGGGACCUGUCUGAUGCCGCCGUCGUUUGCCACCAGCUGGGCUGUGGAGGGGCGGUGGAGGCGGCUGGCUCUGCUCGGUUUGGGGAAGGCUCCGGCCAGAUCUGGCUGGAUGGCGUGAACUGCUCUGGGGCCGAAGCUGCUCUCUGGGACUGCCCUGCUGGGCCCUGGGGGCAGCACGACUGCGGGCACAAAGAGGACGCGGGAGUCAUCUGCUCAGAGUUCGUGGCCCUGAGGCUGGAGAACAGCGACGGCUGCUCGGGCCUGCAGGUUUUCUACAACGGGACAUGGGGGAGCAUUUGCUCCAACUCGAUGACUCUUGACACGGUGUCGCUGGCAUGCAAGGAGCUGGGCUGCGGGGAUGGAGGAUCCCUGGAAACACGCCUGCCCUACGGCAGGGUGUCUGGCCCUGCCUGGCUGGAUAACGUGCAGUGUGGGGAGAAAACCAGCUCCUUCUGGCAGUGUCCCUCCACUCCCUGGAACCCGCAGUCAUGUGAAGACCUGCGAGAUGAGAUCCACAUCACCUGCAAUGCCAGGGAGAAGAUUCGUGCAGUGGGAGGCGAGGACAGGUGCUCGGGCAGAGUGGAGGUCUGGCACCGUGGCUCUUGGGGGACGGUGUGCGACGAUUCCUGGGACAUGCGGGAUGCUGAGGUGGCAUGCAGGCAGCUGGGCUGUGGCCCCGCGGUGUCUGCCCUGCAUGAGGCUGCGUUUGGGAUGGGGAUGGGCCCUAUCUGGCUGGAGCAGGUGGAGUGC